AUGGCGCAGGUGCAGAAGCUCAACGAGCGCGAGCUCGAGCUCGGCAUCUCCGCGGAGGCGUCGUGGCACGCCAAGUACAAGGACAGCGCCUGGGUCUACGUCGGGGGCCUCUCGACGGACCUGAGCGAGGGCGACAUCAUCUGCGUGCUGAGCCAGUGGGGCGAGAUCGAGGACUUCAACUACCCGCGCGACAAGAAGACGGGCAAGCCGCGCGGCUGGUGCUGGGCCAAGUACGAGGACCAGCGGAGCACGAUCUUAGCAGUGGACAACGGCAACGGCGCGUCGCUCCUGAGCCGCACGCUCCGCGUGGACCACUGCGAGAAGUACAAGCUGCCGCCCGAGCUCCGGGACCGCGACGAC